UUCCAAUUAAUUAUGGCGGAAAAAAAGCACUUCAAGACAAAACUUUGUGUCCUUUAUCAAAGGGGUCAUUGUGAAAGGGAAUUUUGCACCUUUGCCCAUGGCGAUUCCGAGCUUCGACGCUUUCAGGGUUAUUUCACCGCAGGAACAGCUGUUGGUAGUUGAAUGAUUAUAAGCUGAUGGUUUUAUGCUCAACUUGUCCGAAAGUAUGUUGCUGAAUUUUUCAUGGCUAUGGUUGAUCAUGGAUUUGAUUUAUGGAUGAGAUUUUAUUCUUCCUUGGUCGUGCAUAACAGAGUGAUUUUUGAAGGGCAGUAAUUUUGUUUACUCCCUCAAUCUGGAAUUUUUUUGGAAUGCUCCCCUAUUAGGCUCUGCCAUUUUGUUGUCCGGAGAGUUUAUUAUUCCCAUAAUAUGAUUUCAUUGAGCUCUUUAAGUAUUACCUUUACCUUGGAGCAACAUGGUUCCAUCAGGGGAUGAAGUAGUCUGAUAUCUUUGUUAUUUUUGCCUUAAAUAUGGCACCUGGGAGAAAUCUGCCAUGCUGAUUGUUUAGCUUGCUUCUCCAGGAGAUGAUCAUUCGUCUCUCCUUUAUGAAUUACUUCCUUGAUGUGUCACAUGUCUGCUUCAUAAACAGCUUUAAGCUCAAACUCAAGUGUCUAUUUGUGUAUUCGUUUAUGCUGGUGAUGUAUCUGUGACACCAUUGUCAAUGCAAGGACACUAUUUCUGUUCAUUAUUAUGUUACUCAUCGUUCUUUGGGAGGAUAGGCGAAUUUAUGGGGACAACGACUUGAGAAGUAAGCUUGACAGGAAACAUUCUCCACUCCGUAGACGUUCCUUUGGAAGAGAUUCAAAGAAUUCAUAUGCAUAUGAAAGAGUUAGUCCUUCACAACCAAGUCAAACAAGAAAAUUAAGGACACAUGAGCAAAUGAACAAUGCAAAUGAUUCUUCUGGGGGAUUCAAAAGUCCAGAUGAAACAACAGAUAGCAUGAAGGACGAAAAACAAGUAGUCUCGAACUCCAGCAAAGUCUUUAAGGAUGAGGCGAAGCAAGUACAAUGUGAUGUUAAUGUGUUACUUAACAAAAAAAGUCAUUUGGAGAUUGAAUUGGAAGAAAAGGUACAAGAAGCAGGUAGCCUAUCUUCUAGGGUUAGUGAUCUUGAGGCCCAACUCUCUCAAGAAAAGGACAAGUAUAAAAGAGUCAAUUCGAUGAUAAAGAAGCUCAUUAGGGCACACGUUCAUCACUCUCGUCUGCAAGAUGAUAUGAAAAGGUCACAGGUUCGACUUGACCAGCUGUUAGGGGAGCUUCGUAAUGAUGCUGUACCAAUUGCUGCCAAUGAAGAUAAGUUGAAUGUCGAUAUUAUUAUGGAUGAAGAUUCUCUAGAAUCAGAGGGCCUUGCUUUUGCAAGGAAAACAUUACAAAAUAGCAUGGAAGUCUCACAAAGGUCCAAACCUGAAUAUUUAACAACACUACAUGUAGCUGGGGUGAUGAGUCCUAAGAGAAAUUCACUUGUGCACGUUGAUGGUCAUCAAGAAGCUGAAAUUGGGAACAAAAGAAAAGACAUUGCAAGAUCAUCUGAUGAAAGAAAGCCCAAACGACGUAAUCGUACUUCUAAGAACUUUGGUUCUUUGGAUAAGCAGGCGAAAUCUUCAGAUACAACCCUAGCGAUGCCACCAACCUGUAUGGCUGCUCAUGCAAGCGACGAUUUUAAUGAACAAGUUGAACCAGAAGAGGACCACCCCGAGAUGGAAGAAAGUCCUAAAAAUAUUACGAACGACUUGCCAUUACCUCCACCACCACCUCUGCUUAGCGGAUCACAAAAUAAUUACCGUCAGUAUAAGGAUGAUGACGAGAACAUUGAUACGGAUGAGCUUGAAGAAUUCGAAGAAGUAGAUAUAGUGUAAAUGCUAGUUUAGUACAAGGUUUAUUAUUGGUACAGCUGAUAGCCUUUUUGCUCAGUCUUUCAAUUGAUUAGGUUUUCUACAAAAAUGUGAACUUGGGUCAUUUGUUAAACCAGGGAUUAUCAAGAUACUUUCAUGAAUUUAUGCAGUUUAAAACUCAGCUGUUGCAUCUGCUUUGCUAAGUUUCUACUUCGAGUCGUUGGUUGUCUCAAAAAUUGAUUGAGCAUUAAAAUAAAUCGAAUUAACGUA